GAUGAUGGUGAUAGGUGUACUUAAUACCACUGAACCAUGCACUUAAACAUGGCUAACAAGGAAAUAUUACUAUGUUAUGUGUAUUUUACCACACACGCAUACACACACAAAAGUCACCUUCUCUGAGAGGUCUUCCAGGCCACCCUUUGUAAAAUGUCAAGCCCUCCACGGAUUAGGAGAGCAACGGCAUCAGGUGGAGGCGGGGCAGGAGCAGGGCGAGAAAGGCUGGAGCUUCCGGCGCCGCCUCCGUGAGAAGAGGACUGGGAAGGAGCGCGGGAGGGCGGGCUAAGCUGAGGCCGAGGGUGACACCUAGAGGUCAUGUUUAAAAACAGCGGCUGAUAAUCACCCACCUGGUCCUGGAGGGAAGGAGGGUUGCGGGGUGGGGCCUGAGAGGCGCGAGUUCCGGGAGAGGAACUUUCAGGUCCUGAGCCACCAGCUUUUUUUCUCCAAAUCUUGCUUGGGACCAGUGGGCAAAAGAUUGUUGAGAGAGAAGUGGGGUUGCAGAAAGAAAUAGGUGCAGCUGAGAGACUGACAGAAACGAGAAGGGGUUUGUAGGAGCCAUACAAAGGGCCUAUCUUCCUAUAGCAUCAGUUUCUCUGGACCAAUUUGGGAAGGAAAAGAAAACCUGUAACAUUUUAAUAUUUUUUAAAGUCUUAAAGGAACAUUACUAUUCAAAGGCAAAUUUCUCUAGAAUUUUUAAGCUAAAACAUGACAUUGAUAAGAAAUUCCGUGCUGGGGGAGGGAGGUGGAGUGGGUUAGGAAUUCUGGCUCCUCCCCCAGCUAGUGUGGGUUCCCUUUGCUCUAAGUUUAGGGGCUGAGAGAAAGCCGCGCCAGGCACCGAGUGAAGGCAGCUAUUGUGAUCUCCGAGGGCGGGGAGAAGGGGGGCUCAGGGCCCAAGGGCGUGGCCCAUCCAGAGGCUCUGGGAAAGGGCAGUCCCGCGUCCCCGCUGCACCCUCGGCGACAGGGUCUGGGUGGGAGGGGGAGAAUGUGAGCCGCAGCCACUGGCGCCGCCCCCUCGCUCCGGCUCCACCCUCGCUCUGGCUCCACGUGGUUUUCGCCACCCGCCGCGCAGACCCGGUGGUCCCAACGCCUCUCUGGACUGGAGAGGGCGUGGCCAGGAGAGCCGCGAGCCCCAGAGGGGGUCGGUCUGUGACUUCGCCUCGGAAAAGAGCGAGGAACCGCUCUCCGGGCAAAACUGGACUCCACAGGCUUCCGACGACAAACCUGGGACGGAGAGUCCGGGAGUCCUGAAAAGAGCGGUGAGCGGCCCUAGGAGAAGGACGAACCAGGGUCACCAUCCGGACCGCCAUGGCCGUGCACGCCCGUCGUCUGUGCCACAUUGCCUUCCACGUGCCCGCGGGGCAGCCCCUCACCCAGGAUCUGCAGCGUCUCUUCGGUUUCCAGCCCCUGGCGGUGCGGGAAGCAGAAGGCUGGCGGCAGCUGGCCUUGCGCAGCGGCGACGCGGUCUUUUUGGUGAACGAAGGCGCAGGGCCGCGGGAGCCGCUGUACGGCUUGCACCCACGUCAUGCUGUGCCCAGCGCCACCAACCUGUGCUUCGACGUGGCGGACGCGGGCGCCUCCGCCCGGGCGUUGGUAGCGCGGGGCUGCAGCAUGCCGGUGCCCCCGGUUAGCGUGAAGGACACGCAGGGCACAGCCACUUACACUGUGGUUCGCUCACCCGCCGGCAACCUUAGCCUGACACUCCUGGAGCGUGCCGGCUUCCGAGGGCCUUUCCUCCCAGGAUUCCAGCCUGUGCCCUCUGCAGCCAGCCCCGGCUGGGUCAGCCACGUGGACCACCUGACCUUGGCCUGCACCCCUGGUAGCUCCCGGACACUGAUGCGCUGGUUCCACGACUGUCUAGACUUUCGCCACCUGCCACUGAGUCCAGGUGAGGAUCCCGAGAUGGGCCUCCAGGUGACAGCAGGAUCUGGGCAAGGGGGACUGAAGCUCACUGCCCUGCAGACCCCACCAGGCAGUGCUGUACCCACCCUCGUGCUGGCUGAGACCCUACCGGGGGCUUCUAGUGGACAGGACCAGGUGGCGCAGUUCCUGGCCCGGCACAGGGGACCGGGACUGCAGCACGUGGGGCUCUACACGCCGAACAUCUUAGAAGCCACUGAGGGGGUAGCAGGGGCGGGGGGCCAGCUCCUGGCUCCUCCCGAGGCAUACUACCAGCAGCCGGGCAAGGAAAGGCAGAUCCUAGCCGCUGGGCACAAGCCUAGCCUGCUGGCCCAACGGGGGAUCCUGCUGGAUGGUGAUGAAGGCAAGUUUCUGCUUCAGGUCUUCACCAAGUCCCUCUUUCCAGAGGACACCUUCUUCCUAGAGCUGAUUCAGAGGCAGGGGGCCACAGGCUUUGGCCAGGGCAACAUCCGGGCCCUGUGGCAGUCAGUGCAGGAGCAAGCCGCCAGGGACCGGGAAGCCUGAGGAAGGUUGGGGCUGGGUUCGCCUCCUGUCCUGGAGCACAGGGCCAGCUGGAACUGAGAAACACCUGCAGAGGCUGGGGGGUGAAGGGCUUUGUCCCCAGGGGCCAGGUAUGUACCAGUACCUACCAGAACUUGAAGCUCUCACUGGGGUCCAAAGAGCUGGGAUUUUUUUUUCUUUUAAAACUAUGAAAUGUUCUUACAUAAGUCUAUAACUAAUAUAUAUGCAAGAUAUGAAGAAUAAUAAAGGAAUUACAUAUUUAGGAAACAGAACUUACCAAUACUUUUGAACCAUCUUUGUGACCUUCUCUGAUCCCAUUUCCUUCCCUCUCCCCCCCAUUUUAUGAUUAUUAACCCCUUGAUUUGCUGUAUUGUUUCAUUAUAUAUGAAACAACACAGAAAAAAAUUUAGUAUUUUAGGUAGGAAUUUGACAGAACAAAUCCUCCCAUUUCGCUUUUCCCUAGGGAGCAGCCUCUGCAGGUGGGGAGGGGCUGGGCCAGUGCUGAGCCCAACCACCUGCUCUGGGACAAUACCACUGCUCCAGUCAGAGCUGACCAGAGAUCGGGACCAAGGGUGCUGGGUGUCAGCCACUGGCAGGGACCCCCUGCAGCUGCUUUCUCCCUCUCUCCUGGGGGUUGGGGGAGGACAGAUCACUCUGGACAGAACACCCACCCCCAUUUGCCCAGGGCUGGCUGGGAGCUCAGGCAGUGGAAGUCA